AUGCGCAAUCUCAAGAUUGUGGGGAGAUCGCUUCUGCGAUUUGCCGGAGAAGAGCCCCUCCCACUAACGGCCACUGCCUGGGACGCUGCAUCCAAUGCACUGAUAUGCGCCUUUGGGCCUUCGCAAUCACGUGCCACCAUCGAACUCAAGAGACUGCACCAUGCACGUACCGGCGGCGAGGAAAAGCUCGAAAGCAUCGCCUCGUGGGAUGCGCCGUGUCCGCUGCCCUCGCUUACCCAUGACGCUAUCUUGAGCCUCCACCAUUUUGCCGACACUUCGACAUCAUGCCUGAUUCUGGCGGGAGGGGAUAUCGUCCUGGUCAGAGAGAAUCCGGCCUCGAAUGGAGAGCUAGUGGAGAUUGUUGGAUCGGUCGAUGCAGGCAUCUCUGCCGCUGCCUGGUCGCCGGAUGAGGAACUCUUCGCCAUUGCCACUCCGGCCAAUACGCUGCUGCUGAUGAGUCGCGACAUCGAAAACAUAGCGAGCAUUGACCUCACCCCGGAAGAUGUCAACGUAUCUAGCCAUGUCUCAGUGGGAUGGGGAAAGAAAGAGACGCAGUUCAAAGGCAAGCGGGCUAGAGCACUGCAGGAUCCCACAGUACCAGAGACCAUCGACGAGGGUGUACUAAGCCCGCUCGAUGAUCGCUCCGUCACCAUCAGCUGGAGAGGUGACGGCGCCUGGUUUGCCGUGAGCAAAGUUGAAGAAGAGCGGCGCCGCAUGAUUCGAGUCUUCUCCCGAGAAGGUCAGCUAGACAGUGUGAGUGAGCCUGUUGAUGGCCUAGAAGGAGCGCUCAGCUGGCGGCCGUCUGGAAACUUGAUUGCCAGCACCCGGCGUACCAACGAUAAGGUUGAGGUGGUGUUUUUCGAGCGGAAUGGUCUUCGUCAUGGCCAAUUUGAUCUUCGCUUCACCCCUGAGGAGCUGACGGCACUCGCAAAGCCUCUGACUCUUGCAUGGAACAGUGACUCGAAUGUGCUGGCCGUUUCGUAUCCAGACAAGGUUCAGCUAUGGACAAUGAGUAACUACCAUUACUACCUCAAGCAAGAAUUGCCGUUUCCAGAAGCUGCCUCGCAAACGGUCAUGUGCAGCUGGCAUUCGGAGCGUCCUUUGGCACUAGCUCUUUCGACUCCAGGUGCACUUCAGGUGCUGGAGUAUGCGUCAACUAUGUCUGCUGGUUCAGUUGUACCGCCCAAUGAUUUCGGUAUGGUUGCAUCCAUAGAUGGAUUGGUUUUGAAACUUACGCCUCUGCGGAUUGCAAACGUGCCACCUCCAAUGGCUUUUCAGAGCUUGACACUCGAGUCCAAGACCAUCGAUGUUGCGUUGUCAAAGUCGGGCACUCACUUGGCUGUGCUCUCGCAUCAUGGCCUUUCGGUAUACACGCUCGAUCUCAACAAACGGCCUGUACCGAAGCCUGUGUCCCUCUGGAAAAGCGAUGCGAUCAAAGACCACUCUCCGCGCCAUGUUACAUUCAUUGGUGACGAUCAGAUAUUUGUGCUGACAGACAACUGGGACGAAGACGAGAGCUCGAUUUGGCGUGCUGAAGGCGAAACACUAUUGCCUCAGGGACCGAUAGUCGAGACUGACCGUACUUCUACUCUAGUCUCCAGCAUAGAUAAUGAGGCUCUCUAUACUCUGCUCCAGAAUGGCGCGUUGCAUGAAAUUAGUGCAGACGACGCGAUGGCAGAUCUGCCUCCUCAAACAUCGCUUGUGAACAAGUUUCCUUCGUUUGCACCCGAAGUUCAAGUGGUCAAGUUUGAAGGGCAGACAUUGGCUUUUGGUUUGACCAAGAGCGGUGCCUUGUUCGCCAACGAACGAAUAUUGGCUCGUAAUUGUACAUCAUUCGUGGUUACCCCUGCGCAUCUUGUAUUCACAACGACUCAACAUCUGCUAAAGUUUGUGCAUCUUGCUAAUAUGGACGAUCUCGAAGUACCUGCAGACGAACCACAAAAGGAUGAGCGAUGCAGGAGUAUCGAGAGAGGUGCAAAGAUUGUCACGGUCAUCCCUACAACCUACUCUGUGGUGCUUCAAAUGCCUAGAGGUAACCUGGAGACAAUAUACCCCCGGGCACUUGUACUUGCGGCAAUACGGCGAAGCAUCGAGGCGGAACGCUAUGACGAGGCAUUUUUUGCUUGCAGAAGCCAGCGUGUAGACUUCAACAUUCUUCACGACCACGAUCCCGAGCGCUUUCUCGUGAGCCUGGAAAAGAUUAUUAUGCAAAUCAAGAAGGUGGAGCAUAUCGACUUGCUCUUAGCACAGCUUCGCAAUGAGGAUGUUUCGGAGACAAUGUACAAGGAGACUCUGAAAACGAAAGAUUUGGUCAAUAAGUCACAGCUGUCACAAGAACAAGUGGAGAAUAAGGUCAACCGAAUCUGCGAUGCCUUCCUCGCCGUGCUGGAACAGCCUCAGUACAAGGAGGCCCACUUGCAGAAUAUCAUCACAGCCCAUGUGUCCAAGACACCUCCAGCUCUCGAGACAGGACUAGACAUGAUAGGUCGUUUGCAGGAGUCCAACGAUCCCCUAACCGACAAAGCCGCGGAGCACAUUUGCUUCCUUGCCGACGUCAACCAACUCUACGACACGUCCUUGGGGUUGUAUAAUCUUGAACUGGCCCUGCUCAUUGCACAACAGUCGCAGAAGGACCCGCGAGAAUAUCUUCCGCAUCUACAGUCGUUGCAAGACCUGCCUGAGACACGUCGCAAAUUCAGGAUUGACGACCAACUCGGGCGCCGGGCAAAGGCACUCAGGCAUCUGAACGACCUUCAAGCUUUUGGCGAAGUACAAGAAUACGUACAAAAACAUGAUCUCUAUUCGGAAGCAUUGGCCAUGUACCAGUACGACAAUGCCCGUCUCAGAGAGAUCAUGCGUAUGUAUGCAGACUUCUUGAGCACAAACAACAAGAACAAGGGGGCAGCUCUGGCAUACGAAUACCUUGGCGACCACUCGUCUGCAUGGCCAUGUUACCGCUCAGCUAAUCUUUGGCGCGAAGCGUUGUCGUCUGCUACUCUAGCUGAAGUGAGCGCUGAUGAGUUGUCUUCUAUUGCAACAGACAUGGCAGAAGGUCUGUCAGAAUCCAAGGACUACCUCUCUGCAGCAACAAUCACAUUGGACUACCUAUCGGAUCUUCCAUCUGCGGCUCGACUAUUCUGUCGCGGCUGCUAUUUCGCCGAAGCUAUCCGCAUUGUCACGCUUCGCCGCGAAACGAACCUCAUUCCCGAAGUCAUCGAUCCGGGCCUCGUCGAGCGUAGUGCAGACAUGACGGAGUUCCUUGCCGACAUGAAAGGCCAGCUUCAAGCCCAGGUGCCCCGACUCAAGGAACUGAGGACCAAGAAGGCAGAAGAUCCAAUGGCGUUCUACGAGGGUAUGAUUGAUGGUGGCGGUGACGCCAACAUUCCUGACAAUAUUUCCCUUGCUCCGACCGAUACUACCUCUGGAGGCACAUUCAUGACACGGUAUACGAACCAGACUGGUACCGUAAACACGACAACGACACGCAAGACUAGCAAGAACAAGCGCCGCGAAGAGCGGAAGCGUGCGCGGGGGAAGAAGGGCACAGUCUACGAGGAAGAAUACCUCACAAAUUCCAUUGAGCGUUUGAUCGAGCGUAUCAACAGCAUGCAAGACGAGAUCCAGCGUCUUGUUGAGGGCCUCAUCAGGCGGGGUAUGAGAGAGCGUGCGGAUGCUGUGUCCAACGCUGUCAGUGAAGUGAUGGAGAAGUGUCAAGAUGCCGUCAAGGAGAUGUAUCCACCUGCUACUGCAGCAUCGCCUGCUCAGAAUGGCAUAAUGCGUGAGGCAGACGUGGAUGCAAUUAAGCCGACUGGUGGCGAUGCUACAUUGUGGGAUAGUCUGCAGGAAAUUGGCAAGAAGCGGGAGGCACCGGUCGUGAAGGCGUUUGAGAAGUUGAGUCUAUUGGGGUAG